GAAGCUGCUGUGGCAGCUGAGGAAGUGGAGCAGUAUGGCCACCAGACCGCAGCCGUUGGGUGUGGAGCCCGAGGGAUCAGCAGACCUGCUCCACGGGCCUGAGGGGGCCAGAGGGCGGCGUGGGUCCACACAGAAAAUUGAAGACUUAAUGGAAAUGGUGAAAAAGUUGCAGAAAGUGGGAAGUCUAGAGCCCCGGAUUGAGGUCCUGAUUAACCGUAUUAAUGAGGUUCAGCAAGCAAAAAAGAAAGCCAGUGAGGAGCUUGGAGAGGCCCAGUCUGUCUUGGAUAACCUGCAAAAGGAACUGGACUCAUUAUAUGAAGAGAAAGUACGUCUGAAGGAUAUCUUGAACAGAAAAGAAGAGACCCUGAGGAUUAUGCAGCUGCACUGCCAGGAGAAGGAAAGUGAAGCACAGAGGAAGCACAGCAUGUUGCAGGAGUGUAAAGAGAGAAUUUCUUUCCUGAACUCCCAGAUCGUCAAUGAGAAGACCAAACUAAGAAAACUGAGGUUGGAUUUUGAAGAACAUCUGGAGACUUUGAUGAGUCAACAUAAGGACACCUUGGAAUUUCAUAAGCCUGAACAUCUGACAGAGGAGAUGUGUGUUUUGGACAGCAGCAAGGAGCAGCUGCUUCAGGAAGAGAAACUGAUCAAGGUAAAGCUGGAGGAUGUGAAUCAUCGGCUGUGUACCCUGUGUGGGCCUGAGGGGUCUUCCACCCUCACCGAGGGACUCUUCCUCCGAAGCCAUGAGGCAGCUGCUGCAAUGCAGAUGUUCAAGAAUGAGAAUAAGAAAGCUGAGGAGCUCCUAGAGGCUGCAGCUCAGCAGCACCAACAGCUGCAGCAGAGGUGCCACCAGCUACAGCAGAAACGGCAGAGGCUGAAAGAAGAACUAGAAAAGCAUGGGGUACAGAUCCUUGCUCAAGCUCAGAGUACGCAAAAUGAAGAGGACAGCUCACAGAGGAUGGCCAAUCCUAAGCCCUUAGAAGUCCAUGAGGAGACAGUCCACGAGCGCCCAUCAAGCAGGACGUAAUAACCUUCUCAGCCUGGAGGACAUACUAACUCCAAACAUCACAUGGGGAUGUUUUGUGUAUCUUUCUUCAUCUGAGUAUGUGCUGAGUGGAAGAAUGGAUGUUGGGCCAAGCCUCUUAAGUCUUUGAACCUGGAGACGUCUUGGAUCAGUUUUGAUUUUCAACUAGCUUAGUGUUCACACUGCAGGCCGUUAGUAAAUUCUUUCCCUGUCUCUUGCUCACCACUAAUAUCUGACACUCUUCUACUCUUGAACAGAAGGAUACAGAUCUGGACCUUCUCACAGGAUCUGAAGCCACUUUGUAGUUUAGUUCCCUCAUGUAGGCCCAGAAUAACAUAGACUUUGAAACAAAAGGAAGAUGCAUCACCAGUUCUUAAUUCUUGCUAUAAACCAACCAUUCUUCAAGCAAAUUAAAUGAAAUUUGAGUCUGCA